AUGAAGUUCACAUUACUGGCCUUAACCUUGUUUUUGGCGGUCACCAAUGCCUUGAGUGCAUCAAAUUUGUUCAAGCAUAAAGAAAAAUCCAAAUCAAAUGUCAUUAAGUUAACAAAAAACAAUUAUGAAAGAAUUUUAGAAGGUCCAAGGGACUCAUACAUCUUACUCUUACUUACAGCUACAAAUCCACAAGUUGGAUGUACUAUUUGUCAACAGUUAAGUCCAGAAUUUGAUAAGCUUGCAGACUCAUGGUUCUCUGACCAUCCAGAUGGUGAUAAUUUAUUCUUUGCAAGAUCUGACUUUGCUGAUGGAUAUCGUGAAAUUUUCCAAGCUUUCCAAUUGAACAACGUCCCAAGACUCUACUUGUAUUCACCAACUGAAGAUACAACAAAAUUCAAUGAAAAUUUACAACAAUUACCUGUUCCAGGUAACAAUUUGGGUCAAGAAUUAGCAGCAGUAUUAAGUGAACUUACAGAGAAAGAUGUUAAAAUUUAUGAAGCAGUUCCAUAUGGAAGUAUAUUAAUCACAGCUAUAUUCACAUUUUGUUCAGUCUUGUUGUUGAAAAAGAACUUUUCAUCAGUUUCAACUGUUUUCAGCAAUAAACCAUUAUGGGGUGGGUUAACUGUUUUUUCAAUCUUGGUUUUCAUCACUGGUUAUAUGUUCAACGCAAUUAGAGGUAUGCCAUAUGCUAGAACCUUACCUGAUGGAAGAGCCGAAUAUUUUGUCUCAGGUCAACAAGCUCAACUAGGUGCUGAAACUCAAAUUAUGUCAUUCAUUUAUGCGAUUUUAGCAUUUUCAUUUGUUAGUUUGGUCACCAGAGUUAAGUACAUUAAAAAUGAAAAAGUUCAAUUCAUUGCCGUUGCUAUAAUCGUCUUUAUAAUUUUGGUUGUUUAUAGUGCAUUAUUCCUUAUCUUCAAAUUCAAGAGUCCUGGUUAUCCAUAUCAAUUAUUAAAAUUAUGGGGUUAA